CCCAGCUCCGCCCCGCAGCGGCCGCGAGCGCGGCACGCGGAGCUCGGGGGCGGGGUUUGCUUGGCGCUCCCGCUCGGGCUCGGCCGCGAGGGCGCGGGCGGUCACGUGAGGCGCGCGCCAUGGCGGCUCCCGCGGACGGCGCCGACCUGGAGGCCUCGCUGCUGAGCUUCGAGAAGCUGGACCGCGCCUCCCCGGACCUGUGGCCCGAGCAGCUGCCCGGGGUUGCCGAGUUCGCCGCCUCCUUCAAAAGCCCCAUUACAAGUUCUCCUCCCAAGUGGAUGGCUGAAUUAGAAAAUGAUGAUAUUGAUAUGUUGAAGGAACUGGGGAGCCUCACUACAGCUAACCUGAUGGAAAAAGUUCGUGGCCUGCAGAACCUGGCUUAUCAGCUGGGACUGGAUGAAUCUAGAGAAAUGACUCGAGGGAAAUUCCUGAACAUCCUAGAGAAACCCAAAAAGUAGCUGCAUGUAGCGUUUGGAUGAAAAUACCCCAGCUAGGUCAUUUUAUGUACUGCAGAUCCAGAUGAAGCCCAGAAAGUCUAAGAAGAACAAAGCUCUUGCUCAAGACCUUCAGAAGCAGACAUCUCUUUUUGCUUCCACAGCUCAUCUCUUUAUGGGGGAAACGUAUGAUAUGCACAGGUCACAAGGACUGCAGUUGGUUUCACUGAAUUUGGACUUCAUCUGACCAUAGGAUGUCCAACAGGAGGACUUGGCCCUGACAUGCUGUGACACAGUCACCUGUUUCACUCAGCAGUUCAAGUGAACAGCCAGUGUCCUUAUUCAGCUGCUCUCAGGGACAGCCUGCUUGAGGGACACAGCAGAUCUGACACUGGCCAGUGUCCAUCGUGAGGCCUUGACCCUUUUGUGUGUCUUUUGUCUUAGAUGCAUUGAUUCCUGUGUGUGAGGUCUGUGCUGAGGGAUUUGAGCAUGGUUUGGGGUGUAGAUUCACCAAGAGCACUGGCUCAGCAGGAGCACAUGCUUUUAGUGUAGAAGCUGAGUGCAGUCUCUGCAUUAGAUUCCAGUUGCUCAUUUCUGUCAGAGAAGCACGUCUGGUACUCUGAGGAAGACCUCCAGACCUUUGGUGUUCCAGGAGCUUCACAUCACCCCUAAGUGGUUCUCUAAGUGAAAUUGAAACUAACAGACCGCAGGAGUAAGUAAGAAGUGUUGCUGUGUCUCAAGGAAGAUAUCCUCACAGAAGCUUUGGCCAGUACACAAAGAAACAGCUUUGUCAGUCCUCUGCAGUUCUUUGCUUCUUGCAGGGCCAGAAACUGGAAAGAGUUAUAAAGUUGAAAGAUGGUAAUGUUUUCAGUUAUCACUCCAAGAAGUGGCAACAGGACUGUCAGCCGUAUUGUGAAGAUGGUUUGCCUAUACAAGAUCUCCACAUUUCUGAAAAUAAUGUUUUGUGGUAUUUUUAAUUGUUUAUAAACCAGCACCUCAAAAUUUUACUCUCCUGCAAAACCAGAUUUUUUUAGAUAGAAAUUUUUGUGAGCUGCUCCCUUUCAGAACACUGUGAUUACAGUUUAAUUCAUGCACCUCUACAUACUCACCCCUUGGAAGAGGUAUAAAGCAUAUUCAGGCUUUUUGUUUUAUUUAAGAGAAUAUUUUUUAAAAUUCCAUCCACUUUCCUUUUCCUAGAAAACAACAUAUUAAGCAUUAGUAAAUAUGUUCUUUUUUAGGAUACAACAUAAUUUUGAAACAUAACAUAAUGUUAUUUUUACCGUGCAGGCUUUUCAAAACAUGUCAUUUCUCAGCCUGUAGUCGCAUAUGAGAGGAUAAAUUAUUUGGCAAUAGUACAUGUAACAGGUUGUCCCCACAGCACUGCAUUUUUUUGGCUUUGCAGAGAGAUGAGACUCUUUUUGGGUGCACGUGCAAUAAAGAAGGGGAGAUUUUUUUUGAUCAAAUAGACUUCUGAGUUUUAAUGAAUUGCUGGUGACCCUUUGGUUUGCAGUGUGUGGUUUUGAUUAUUGCCAGUCAGAACUAGGCUUGUUUUGGACAGCUCAGGUUAACUAAGUUUAAGUAGUUAAAUCCUAAAUCCUGGAAAGACCCUGCACAAAUUUACAAAUAUCAGGAGCCUGAUUUAAGACUUAGCAGAGGUAUUUCUAUCCUUCACAGUUUAUGCAGGGCUGAGCUUAACAGGAGCUCCAUCCCUUGAGAACAUGAGAAUUAAGACAGAUGAAUGAGAAGAGAAACUGCAAAUGGUUGUUUAGGAACAGAAGAAAAUCCGAUGGUGCAAACUGAUGUUCAUGUAGCUUUAAGCAUUGAAUUAUAGAUUUGGAAUGCAAAUUUAAGAUUGUAUACUAUAUAUGUACACAUAUAUGACAUAAUGGGAUACUUCAUCUGUAUCACCAGUAUUAGUUUGUGCAUUUUAUAGAGGUUUCUUGGUCGAACAAAUUAAGGAAUUGAGAUCUGAAAGGAGGAUAUAGGAAAAUAUAUGAAAGCCUGUCCUGGAAUAUGUGUAUUUUAUGAUAUGUGCAGUAAGAAAUUUCAAACUCUAGGUAGUUUUUAGUAACAUACAUAUGUUUAAAAAAAAAAGGAAGAAAAAUCUCCAUUUAUUAUACACAGUAAUCAUCUUCUAUAGGGCAGCCAUUAACAUAUGCUUUAGAAUUGUGAUAUUUUUUGAUUUUGUACUUGUCAUCUGAAAAGAUGAGUCAAUGAUGUUAUUUUUUACUGACAAUAUUUAUAUGUAUUUUUUGUGUUAGUCAAAUAAUUUUUUUCUGUCUGUUAUUGCUUUUUGGUUUUAUAAUAUGCAAAUGCAAACCUCAUAGGCUUGUCUGGGUUUCCAGAAUAGCCCUCUGAGAUGCAAAAGCUUUUGCUCAGCCACUUAGGCAAUACUAUUCCUCAGGCUCUUCUUCACUUAUCUGCAUGACACCACCUCAAUGUUUGGCCUGUGGAUGUUCUAUUCCCAUCAGUAAAUAAAUAUUUGUCAAUAUCAAAAUGCUACUAAGGGUUUUCAUACCCUUUUGAACCCUAUUUUUUCUUCAGUGCUAUUCUUCCUGAUAUCCAUGCAGUUACCUAUCUAUACAAGAAAAUCCAAGUGACUUUUUGUUACUGAUGGGAAUGAAGAGUGUAAGAAAAUCAAGAUUUGUUAAUAUUAAUCAAGCCGAUGCAUUGUUUUAUAAAGUGUUUUCAUGUAUUGGUAUAUUAGAUGUUACUGUGAGUUUCUGGGAAGUAAACUCAAUAUUUAUUUGUUUCUUUUAAAUACCAGUGAAACACACAUUUGGUUAUAAAGGCUACUCACUUCAGUUUUAGACUAUCAAAUGCUUUGCUAUCUAAUCCAACUAAGAAGAAAUUCCUGUUUGUUAUGUAAAUCAUUAUCAAAAUAAAAGUCUGUGUGCACUGGCAAUUGAAUAACAUGUUACUCCAUUUAA